AUGAAAAAAAGUACCAAAUCAGACAUGAGCUUUAACAAAUUUUUACUUUUAAUUCUUAAUUAAAAAAAUAUUCUAGAAUCCAAAUUUUUGAACAAAAAAAAUAUGAAUAUGAAAAUUAAUCAAUAUCUAGUAUAACAUAAGAGAUUUAAAUCUCUAGGAUGGAAUGUGAUAUAUGAUUUCAAUGAUUCAGAUUGGGAGACAGCUGAUAAUAUUCUCUUAAUGUAUGUUGAUUAGACCUAACAUAAUAGCAAACACAGUCAAUAAUAAUAAUAAUAGUAACUUGGAUAACAAUAAUAAGAUUAACCAGUUUAAAAGAGUCCUCCUUGGUAGCAGAUACAAAUGCUCUAAUAGAUUCAAUUAUUUCAUUAUCACCAUAAUCAGUAAAAGCAGGUGAGGAAUCAAUGGAAACUAAAGUAUAAAAAUUGAUUUAAGAAACAUUGUGUAAAGUUCCUUAGGAAAUAGAUAUGUAAGAAACUAUAGAGAAAGUGAGACCUGGUGAUUAGAAUCCGUUAAAAAUAGUAUUGAUGUAAGAAAUAUCAAGAUACAAUAAAUUGUUGAAUACAGUUAGAACUUCUUUGAUUAAUUUAGAUAAAGGUUUAAGUGGUUUAGUAUUAAUAUCUGAGGAUCUUGAAACAAUUAUGCAUAGUUUGUUUGAUAAUAAGGUACCAUAAUAAUGAAAAUUCUGUUAUCAUUCAUUAAAACCAUUGUCUAGUUGGAUAGUUGAUCUUGAGAAAAGAGUUUUAUAAUUGAGAAGUCGGAUUAAAUAGUAACCAAGUGUAUUUUGGAUUUCUGGAUUUUCAUUCCCUACUAGAUUUACAACGGCUUUAUUAUAAUAGAGUGCUAGAAAGGUGAAUACUCCAAUAGAUUAAUUUAGAUGGGAAUUUUCAUUCUUACCACUUGGAUCUGAACCUUAAGCAGCUUAAGAUGGAGCAUAUAUUUAUGGUCUAUUUCUUGAAGGACCUAAAUGGGAUGAAAAGAAUUAUAUUGUUGAUGAUGAACCUAUGAAAUCACAUGAUUAACUGCCAAUCAUUCUAUUUAAACCUGUAAGUUAAGAAGGUAAAAGUAAAUCAAAGAAAGGUAUAAUAUAAUCAUUUAAUUUUUAGGUUAAACUUUUAUCUCUGUCCUACCUAAUAUUAUUAAGUACGUAGUGGAGUCAUGGAAAGACCAUCCUUUCAAUUUGAUGUUAUGUUACCAUGUAAACCUAAUCCAGGUCAAGCUUCUAAUGAAGAAGAUUUCUGGAUUAAAAGAGGUACUGCUUUACUUAUGCAAUUAUCAGAUUGAUUAUAAUUGUGCAAAUAAAUCAACAAUAUUUAUCAAUUAUUUAUUUCUAUUAAUUACAAUUCUCAUUACUUUUUUUAGUUGA